AUGGCCCAACCGUAUCCGGCAUAUGGCGCGCCUCAACCCAACUAUGGAUACCCCUACCCCCCCGCCGCCGACUACAGCGCCGCCACCCUCGGCGCCAACAACCACACCAUCACCGGUGGCAAGCCAGAGUACGCGGGCCGCACCAUCACCCGCACGCCGAGCCCGACCCCGAGCGAGCAGGCCGAGCUCACCCGCAAGGGCGCGAUCGACUUCAAGGCGAUGAUGAACUGGCGGUACUGGAUCCGCAGGGAGUGGUUGUGGUACUACAUCCUCGGCGCCAUCCUCGUCGUCCUCACCGCCCUCAUGACCAUCUACCACAAGCAAAUCGUCCAUUGGCUCACCCCCGCCGGCGAAUGGAUGCGCGAUCUCAAGUUCGGCUUCUUGAUUCCCAUCGCGAUCCUGUUCGUCAUCUCGUUCCCGCCUCUCUUCGGACACGAGAUCGUCGCCGUCCUCUGCGGUCUCGUCUGGGGCCUCGGCAUUGGCUUUGCCAUCGUCGCCGCGGGCACGUUCAUCGGAGAGCUCGGCAACUUCUACGCGUUCAAGUACUGCUGCCGUGCGCGCGGCGAGAAAAUGGAGAAGACGAACAUCGGCUACGCCUGCCUCGCCAAGGUCGUCCGCGACGGCGGGUUCAAGAUCGCGCUCAUUGCGCGUCUCAGUGCCAUCCCCGGCCACUUCACGACCGCGGUCUUCUCCACCUGCGGCAUGGGCGUCAUCACCUUCUCCAUCGCCGCCAUCCUCUCGCUCCCCAAGCAGUUCAUCACCGUCUACCUCGGGGUCAUCCUCGAGCAGAGCGAGUCCGGUCCCGUCUCGCUCAAGACGCGCCUGAUCGACUACUCGGUCGUCGCCAUCACCACGCUCAUCACCAUCCUCGCGAUGUGGUAUAUCUACCACCGUAUGAACAAGGUCAAGCCCGACGUCAUCUACGCCCGCCGCAAAGCUCGCCAAGCCAAGCUCGCCUACGACCCCUCCUUCACCUCCAACUCGUCCCUCACCGCCUUCAACCCCGCCGGCUCGGACACCGAUAUUCCGCUCGGCCCCUACCAGCCGCAGUCCUACCAGCCGCAUUCGUAUCAGCAACAGCAACGGCAGAGCCCAUACCAGCAGUGGGACGCCUCCGGCCGCGCGGUCGGCUACGCGCCCGACCCGCGCCUGCACGCGCCGCAGCCGCACCGGCCCGUCGCGAAGCCCACGUCGCCCUCGCCCUCCCCCGCGGACUACCGCCCGGUGCCCGUCCGGCGCGCGACGGACGAGUCGCUGUCGACCGCGUCCGGCGGCUCGGGCGAGAGCGUGGAGAGCUUGCCCGGCGCCCGGUUCGACGCGCACUACGCGCGCACGGGCGAGCCUUCGCCUUUGCCCUCGCCCGCGUACGCACCCCCGCCGCCGCCGCCGACGGGAAGACAGGCGACGAAAUCGCCCGCGCCGUUCUCGCAGUACUACGCGCAGGACCCGCACCAGACGCCGACGCAGGCCCAGUUCGCGUCCUUCCCGCCGCCGCAUCAGCAGCCCGCCUCGCCGCGCCAAAGCUCGCCUAUGGACGGCGCCUUACCGACGCCGCCGUAUCAGCAGCAGCAGCAGCAGUAUCAACCUCCUCCGCCGCCGCCGCCGCCGCCGUCGCAAGGGCGACACGCGCAGGAGGAGACGGACGCGACGUUCUACACCGCGAGCGACCACUCGCGGACGGCGACGCAGGAUUCGGUGUCGGUGCCCUAUCUCCCCUCGCCACAUUACGGCGGGGUGGGGAUGGCGCGAUGAAGGAGGAGCGGGGGGGUGUCGUUUUUAGUCAUGUAUGAUGUCCUUCUGUUACGAUAACGUUUUUUCUUACCCCGCGUACAUAGUACCCCUCUCUCGCAUUGUUUUUUAACACGCGCGCGAUUGUACGACGUUUGCACAUAUUUAUAUCACGGACUUUUGGCCUUGGAUAUUCUCGGUUGCUUCUGACGCGUUUUCGGUUCGCGUGAUCGUCCAAGAUAUGCUCCGCAUCGUUCCAAACUCCAGCGCUAGCCAUACGGAGGCAGAACAGCACGAGGCCUGGUAUACGAUAGUUAUAUCUCAUUGCGCUCUUAUCGAGCAAUAUUGGACGCGAUUCGGCAAACAACCGGGUCUCUUUCCUGACGCGAUGGUUUGUCCGUCCUUUUGACAGCAGACCGUAAUGUAUAUGUACAGGAUGGGCAAUAAGAAUACAUUGCUGCACCCUCAACAGCAGACCGUUACCUCAAAGCCCGGGAGAUUAGCUCACACGCUAUCGCAGACUUCCAACGCCACAGCGCUAGCGCGUACC